CCCAAAAAACAUCUGUGCCUCUUUGCAGGAGGAGUUUCACUCUGCUCUGGAGUCUCCACUGGCUGCCCACCAUGGCUGGCUCAGAAAAGGCUCCCUGGCUGGGAGGGGAAGAUGCUGGGAUGUGCAAAGGGGUGUGAACGUGGGGAAAACCUGAGCAAAAUGCCACCAGAGCUCACCUGCUUCCUCCUCUGUGCUCUGAGUGCACCAAAUCUCUCAGGAAUUUUAGGAGGAGAUGCUUUGUUGCCAGCACCUCAGAGUAUCUCCAUUCUUUCAACCAACAUGAAACACUUCUUAACUUGGAGUCCUGUGAUUGUCCAGGGAGCAACUGUGAGAUACUCAGUUGAGUUUCAGGGGGAAUACGAGCGGGAAUACGCCAACGGGAGCUGGAUCCCCAUCUCGGAGUGUUCCCUCACCACAGCCACCGUGUGCAACAUCACAGAGGACAUCUCAGCCACCGUGGCCUACAAGCUGCGUGUCAGGGCAGAGCUUGGUGCCACCAGGUCCCAGUGGGGCACCACGAAGGGCUUCUUCAACCGCGCCACGACUUCCCUGACCCCACCCCUGCUGAGGGUGGUGGCGGAGGGGCACCAUUUGCUGGUGGAGCUGGCAGACAUGGGACCCUCCUUCCAGUUCCGGCUGCUCUACUGGAAGAAGGGCCAGGAGAGCAGGGUGCAGCAGAAGGUGAUGAAGGUGGUGAGCUCCGUGGUUCACCUGGACACCAUGGAGGCAGGAGCUGAGUACUGCGUGAAGGCUCAGACACACGUCGAGGCCAUCAACAGGAGCAGCAGCUUCAGCCCCACACAGUGUGUGAGGGCACAGGGUGACACAUCCAUGUGGCUGGUUACUGCCCUCAUCUCCUCUGCUGGCUUUGCUGUGGCAGCUUUAACCCUGCCUCUCCUUACCUGGAAAAUAAGUAAAGUCUUCCAAUAUGCCUGCUGCCCUGCUGCUGUCCUGCCAGACACACUGAAAGAAUCCAAGCCCCCCACCCAGCUGAUCCUGCGGGGCAGUGAAGAGGCUGAGCAAUGUGACCUGAUGGUGGUUGUGAUGCCCUCAGAAGAAGUUCUCCAGCUGUGGAUUCAAAAAGCACUUUAGAGCAGCCCAGAACACAAACAGCCUCUUUGUAGCACCAGAAGCAAGUAAAGGUGGCAGCUGCCAGUUCCUGUCCUUGCCCAGGAGUGGGCAUAGGGUGACCCAAGCUCCCUUUUUCAGCCACAUUGGUGCUCCCAAGGCAGAGUGUGGACCUGAUUUUCCGAGUCUGAGAGAGUUUUUCACCCUAUCAGUGUCUGAUCUCUUCCCAAGAGACUUUCCCUCUUCAGAUCAGACACUGACAGGCUGAAAAACUCUCUCAGACUUGGAAAAUCAGGUCCACAGCAGAGCUCACCAGAGCAGUUCAUGGAGAGCAGUCCCCUUGUCCCAAAUCAUUUCAGCCUCGGUGUUUUUACCUCAGUAAGGGCUGCUUAUGUGGCUAAAGCCAGCUGGAAUGAGCAGGGGAAAAGAUGCAGACCCUGAAGUCACGUUCUUUGAAAAGGGCAGUGAGUGGAUGUAGCAUCCCAAACUGUGCACGGGACAGGUCACAAUGCUGGGGCCACCAAAACUCGCAGACAGCACCAUGAGGGAUGCCUGGCUUCCACCAGUGCUUUGGAAGGAGUGAUGUGGGAAACAGCCAGAUUUCAGGAGUGUUUAGAGGGAGCACUGGGAACCUCCCGAGGAGCAGAGCUCUGCAAGAGCAACAGCAUCACUGGCAAUGUACAGCUCCAAUAUCACCUAGUCAGGGGGUCCAAAAUGCAAAAGCUGUGCAUACAUGAAGGAAAAAUUUAUUUAUUUUUAGCCUUUAGGGAGAAGAGAAUUGCAGGUGAAUUAUUUGAAAGAGAGAGAAUUGGAGUAGAGAAAGAUUGGGAAAAGUCAGAGAAAGGUAGGCUCCAGAAACAGUAAAAGAAUUGGGUAAAGAGAAAAAAAUAUGUGUGAAUAGUGGUCAGGAUUGUCCAGGGUGCCUCCUGGGCAUCCCUGUGGCUCAACACCAUACCUGAAACAGGACAGUGAUUAUUUCACACAAGGCAGAUGUGCUGCUGUGGUCAGCAGAGCCAGGGUGAGGGGCAGAUGCAGUGUUUAUCUUGGCAAACAGAGGAAUGUCAGGCUGGACAGAUGAAGCAUCACAGCAUUACCAUUUAGUGACCAUCCCAGGUCUGACAAUGCCAUUAUCCUCCAGGUAUCUUGUCCUCUUAAGGAGAGAAAUUGCAAAAGACAAGAGUAAUUCCUUCUAAAUAUGAAUAAAAUACAGGUGUUCUGUAUAUUGCAACUAUGGCUGUCACACUGGAAAAAAAAAAUCAUUUAUCACCCUUUAAGCAGAGACUUGUGUCAGCAGGGCAUGAAAAGACAUAGUUCUGAGAAGCUUCUUUUGAAAGCUCUCAGUGGUUUUAAUGACACGCAGAACAUCUCGAAGAAUUCACCUUUUCCAGUCCCAUUCUUGCAACCUUGUGUGAGGCCAUCAGGUGGCAACAAAGCACCGUGGAAAGGCAGGAGUGGCUCAGGAGCCUGUACCUGUGUUCUGUCCAGGCAAUGCCUUCCCUGGCUCCUGCACCUCAUUUUCCUCUAGCACCCCACUUGCUCGGUUUAUUCCUGUCUCAUUAGCUUCUUUCUGGGCACUAUUGGAGUGCAGUACUUUGGUGUUGAGUUGUAAGGUUGAUAUUGCUGAAUAUUGAGCAAAUUGCAGGGUAAGAGAAUCCGUGCACAUCUGGGCAUUGAAGACUCAGCGAUCAUUAUCAGUUUGUUGAUAAUUAGCUGGGAAAUGCCUGCUUAAAAGCACCCAUGAGAUGCUGGGCCCGGAGAUGACCUGGAAGCAGAGAGGAAAAGGGCAUUUUUAUGGUCUGAUAUGAAAGUGGCCAGCAGGUCUCACCCUCCCUAAAGCAAGCUGGAGCAGCAAGGGGAGGCAAGCAGUGAGUGACUGUGGCAGUGAACUGCAGUGUGUUUGGGGAGCACAGAACUUCAGCUCCUUGCAGGGUCAGGGGCUCUUGGCCAUCAAUCCCCUUGCACAGCUUUGCCCAGUGCUUGAAUUUUCAUGGGCAGCUCCACAUCUCAGAGGCCUCGCUAGUGGGGCUGGUUUAGGGAGCUCCCCUGCCUCACAUUUAUCCUUAUUUUUACCCCACUGAUUCAGAUGAGUUCAGUGUCUUGAUUUCUACCACCCCACAGGGAUGUCCCCAUGCAGGAAAUUAUCCUUUGGCUUGUCCAUGCUGUAGCUCCAAGAAGCCUCAGCUACUCGUCCUAUCUCUUCCCCCAACACUGCUGCAUUUUCAGAAUCACAGAAUCAGAAUCUUCUGAGUUGGAAGGGACACACAAGGCCCAACAAGUCCAACUUUUAAAUGAACAGCCCACAUGGGGAUCAAACCCAUAAUCUUGGCAUUAUUAGCACCAUCCUCUAACCAGCUAUGGCAACACCAGCAAUUGUUAGGGGUAUAUAGAAAAGAAAGGAAAUAAAAGGCCAUUGAAUGUGAAGGGCUUUAAAAAAUGAUUUUAAUGUGUAUUUUCCAGCUGCACAUUAAGCGUAGAGCAUAUGUUUCUUCCUCACUUGCAAUAACAGAUUUUAUGUCCUUCCUCAUUGCCAAUAAAGCAGUUAAACUGUUGUAGAAAACUGCACAGACAACAUUAAACAAAAGAAACACCGAGAAAAAAUUCUUACAGUGGGGACAUGGGAGGGAACUGUGUAAGUGCCACUGCCACCUUUAGCAGACUAUUCUCAAUUUACAUUAGGAUAUUCCAGUUUAUGGCAGCUUGAAGCCAAAUUUGAGGUGGUGAUUGAAAAUCCUUUUCAACCUCCUUUUAAAGAAUGUGCUGCAUUUUGUUGAGCCUGAAAAUGAUGGUAGAGAACAAGAGCAAUUCCCCUUCCCACCAGGUACACAGGAGCAGGGUGGCAUUGGCAUAGGUAGCUGCCAUCAGGGGCUCCAUGAUUCACUUUCCUGCUAUCCAAAAGUUAAUUUUGGCGUGGCAAAUGCUGCCUUUGAUAACUGAUUCUGCUCCCACCACCACAAUAGCGCCUUGCAAAAAGGCCCGGAGCAGUCACCACAAUGAGGAAUCUACAGAUGAGCUUUGCUCUGUUCCUUUACCUUCUUGAGGUACUAAGUGGCUUCAUUUCCUUCAAAAUAAACUUUUCUACUUUUCCCAAAAAGCGUUGCAUGGAAAUAAAGCACAAGCCUGCAUCGUCUUUUGA